AUGGCUUUUUCGUUCGGAACACCUAGUACCCAAACUUCAACCUUCGGAGCUGCAGCAAAACCCACAUUUUCAUUUGGAGGUGGUACCACAACAACAACCAGCUCUGGAUUUGGUGGUUUUGGAAAUACAUCUACUGCAACAGGUUUUGGUGGGUUCGGUGCACCAGCAACUAGUACAGCUACACCAUUUGGAGGAUUAGGAACUACACCUGCAUCUACUGCACCAUCCUUGUUCGGAGGAACGGGCUUUGGCACCACAGCUGCUAAACCAGCGACAGGUUUUGGGAAUACUUCAUUUGGUGCAGGCACGUUUGGUACCACUCCAGCAUUUGGUCAAUCUACAUUUGGAAGCACUGCACCAACAUUUGGCACCAGUACGCUUGGCUCCAAUACCUUUGGCGCACCAUUUGGUGGUGCUGCCAAUUCAAUUGGUCCAGGGUUUGGAGCUAAGCCACAAACUGGGUUCGCUGGAUUCGGUAACCUCGGAGCAACACCGCAGUUCGGACAGCAGCAACAAGCGCAACAGCAGCAACAACAGCAACAGGCGCAGGGUCCCACAUCAGCUCACGAGGCGCUGGUGGCCGCCGUCUUCAACUGCUGUGUGUUCGGAGACGAGAGGGACCAAGUGCUGGCCAAGUGGAACCUCAUACAGGCUCAGUGGGGCACUGGUCAAGCCUAUUACAGUCGUAACGCGCCUCCUUUAGAGUUGAACGAACAGAAUCCUCUAUGCAGGUUCAAAGCAGUAGGAUACUCCCGCCUCGGCGGCCGCGAGGACAAGGACGGUCACGUCGCCAUGCUGUUCAACAAACCUGAACAGGAGAUCAAAAAUAAUCAGCAGGCCCUGACUACAUCUCUGCAAGGUUUAAUGGGAAACAAACCUAAUUUAGCCGUCACUAUAGAAUGUGUUAAAGCUGUUUCUGAUAGCAAAACUCAGGUUGUUAUAUACGUAGUGGACAAAGGAGCAGGCAACACGCAUAUAUCUGCGUCGGAGCUGAGUAACUUUUUGAACGCGGGCGCGGCUCGCAACGCAUUGAACGGCGCAGGUUGUACUACCGUGUCGCCUGUCACUGCGCCCUCGCCGCAAAUGUUGGCGCAGUACUUACAAACUGCACCGCCUGGAAUGGACAUGCGACUCUGGAAGCAAGCGCAGGCUGACAAUCCGGACCCGGAAAACUACAUUCCUGUGCCCAUUAUAGGGUUUUCUGAGAUAAAGUUCCGCAGUCGCUGCCAGUCGGAGCAAGCGAAGCUGCAGGCGCAGUGGUUGCAGCGCGCGGCGGCCGAGCUGGCCGAGCUGCGCACGCGCCGCGCCGCCUCCACUGCCAGGCUGGCGCAGCUCGCCGCCAGGCUGCAUGCUCGCCGACAUACUUUGCUGCAGGUGGUAGCCCGGCGCGAGGUGGUGGGUCGCGUGGGCGCGGCGCUGUCCCCCGAGGAGGAGGCCGCGCGCGCCCGCCUGCACGAACUUACGUCACAACUUGCUGCACCACCGCUAUACAAUGGUCGCCUGAAUGAACUACUAUGUGCAGUACGACUGCAACGCAGCGCAAGCGCAGGGGCGUCGCAUGAGCGGUACCAUUUGGAUCCUGGUGCACAAGAAGACGUGAAGCAGUUCCUGUCUCUACAGCAGAAGGGAAUGGCUCAUCUAUUGGACACCGCCCGUAAGGACCUUGCGGCGCUCGGGACCAUUGCUGAAGGCAUGUCGCGACUUGUCCGAGCUUAA